AUGUCACAUAAGAGAUGGAGACUGAGCAGCGUAAACAAAAGCUACUCGGUGUGUCCAUCCUAUCCUCUGGCGGUCAUUGUUCCAAAGUGCAUCGACGACGAAACGCUGCAGAAGGCGGCCAAAUUCCGGCAGGGUGGCCGCUUCCCUGUCCUGUGCUACUAUCACAGGAAGAAUGGCAUGGUGAUCAUGCGCAGCAGUCAGCCGCUGACGGGUGCCAACCGAAAACGCUGCAAGGAAGACGAGCUCCUCCUUCAGGCCGUGAUUGAAGACUCAGAUAAAGGUUUCAUAAUCGACACUCGCUCAAGCCAACAGGUUCAGCAGGCUCGGAUGACGGGCGGAGGUUUUGAGUCCAAAUCCUGCUACAACUGCUGGAAAAGACUUCACAGGCAGAUGGAAAGGGGUAAGCCCCUCCAGGAGAGUCUGAUCAAACUGGUGGAGGCCUGCGGGGACGAGUCCCACAACGUGGACCGCUGGCUCAGUAAGCUUGAGAAUUCAAAAUGGCUGUCUCACGUCCAGACGGCUCUGUCCACAGCUGGCCUGCUGGCGGAGUGCGUGGAGAGGGACGGUCAUUCAGCUCUGGUGCACGGAUAUGAAGGCACCGACUGCACUCUGCUCGUCUGCACUCUGGCCCAGCUCAUCAUGGACCCAAGCUGCCGCACGCUGGAGGGCUUCCUGUCGCUCCUGGAGAGGGAGUGGCUGCAGGCGGGACACCCGUUCCAGCAGCGGUGUGCCCACUCGGCCUUCUCCCACGCUCGCCUCCAGCAGGAGUCUCCCAUCUUCCUGCUCCUGCUGGACUGCGUUUGGCAGAUAUGGCGGCAGUUCCCCUUGGCGCUGGGCUUCUCCGAGGCGCUGCUCCUCAGACUGGCAAAUGAGGUCUACGCGUCAGACUACGGCACGUUUCUGUGUAACAGUGACCAGGAAAGGUGUGCCCUGGGAGUGAAGGAGAGGACUCACUGUUUGUUCAGGGCCCUGUUGAGGCCAGCAGAGCGAGAUUACUACUCAAACCCUCUGUACGAGCCCACAGAGCUGGCAAUCUGGCCCUCAGUUCACCCUCAGUCGCUGCAGCUGUGGCAAGGCUUUUUCCUGAGGUGGACGCAGCAGGCGCGUCACCUUGAGGCGGUUCAGGAGGAAAUCAGGAACUUGGUCAAUGAGUGGGCCAGGAUGACACAGAGGUGAUGACGCCCCUACGAAGACGUUCCAGCUUUAAGUCGGAAAAUGUCUCACAGAGAAACAUUUACAUGUUUCGUCCAUGUUUAAAUGUACAGUAUUUUUUUUUACAUCUUCAUAAAUCUUGAACUUUAAAAAAAAAAA